UCCUUUCCAACCUCUCCUCCUCCUCCUCCUCCUCUUCGUGGUGAUGACACCAUCUGAAUGUUCAGGCUGCGAGGCGCUGGACGUGGAGGCGCUCUACCUGCUGGAGGGCGAGGCCUUCUACUUCCAGCCCUACGCGCUGGAGGGCGGCGCUCUGGAGGACCGCUUCACCUGGAGCAGGAGGACCGGCGCCAACGAGACGCAGAGCAUCGGCUCCGACGAAGACGAGGAGGUGCACCACCACGGCGGAGCGCUCUUCUUCCUGAAGCCGCUCCGGAAGGACUCGGGCCUCUACACGGCGCGGCAGCGCUCCUCUUCGGGGCUCUGCUUCGACCACCGCGCCCUCGUCUUCGUCGGCCCGGCGGCCGGCGGCCGGAGCCUGUUCCCCGCAGUGAGGAGCUCCGACGUGAACCAGAGGGUCCCGUGUCCGGACCCCGUCCAGCACACAUGCGGCGUGAUGAACGGCAGCUUCGCCUGGCUCAAGGGCGCCAGACUCCUGGAGGACCAGCACAGAGACCACCUGUGGAUCAGCAACGCGGCGAGGGAGGACCAGGGCGUCUACACCUGUGUUUGUACCUGGACGCACAACGACACGCAGUACACCACGUCGGCCUCCAGGAGGCUGGAGGUGGAAGCGGUCAGCGCUCACCAAGACGUGAUGAUCCUCGCUCCGGCCGACAAGGAGAAGUUUGCUGAGGAAGGCUCCGCCCUCCAGCUCAACUGCUCCGUGUUCUGUGGCACCAACGUGAGGUCUCGGUGUGAAGCCAGCUGGCGCGUGGACGGCGCCGCUCCCCAUCGGCUCGCCGGGUACAAGGAGACCACGGAGACAGUCAACCUGAGACCUUCCAACACCACCGUCUCCACCGCCGUGCUGAGCAUCCUCACCGUGUCGGCUCGCCACUUCACGGCCAGCUUCCUGUGCCGCGGCCGCGGCCUGUUCCGCUGGGAGUCCGUCUCUCUGAGGCUGAAGCGGAGAGGAACGAUGACCCCGCUGUUCGCUGGAGGCGUGUGUGUGUCGCUCCUCUGUGUGAUCGCCACCCUGCUGGUCAAGUGCUUCGCCAUCGACCUCGCUCUCCUCUUCAGAGCCUGCUGCCCAUUCAGCCGCCGUGACAAAGACAGGAGGCUGUUCGACGCCUACGUGGUCUACCAGAUGCAGAGUCCGGACAAGGUCACAGAGGACGCGCUCGCCCAGUUCGUAGCCAGGGUCUUGCCCUCCAUCCUCGAGGACAGGUGCGGAUAUCGACUCUUCAUCCACGGGAGGGACGCCGUACCCGGGGAAGACCGCCUGGGGCUGGUGGAGGACCGCAUGAAGCAGAGCAGGAGGCUGAUGGUCAUCCUCGCCCCGGGUUCAGGAUCAGAGUCAGAGAGCUCAGACCAGCAGUCCGUCGCACCCCAAAGCCCCGAGAUAGGAGGCUUUGACUGGCAGGUGGGGCUCCACCACGUGCUGCUGCAGAGAGAACUGAGUGUGAUCCUGAUCCAGCUGGGGGAUCCGGGCCCACGAGGAUACACAUGCCUUCCCGCCGGCCUGCAGCAUCUGAUUCUCAAGAGCGCCCCCCUCAGGUGGUCCGAGGGCUCGUGGGGCGCCGCCACCUGGAACUCCCGCUUCUGGAAGAGAGUGAGGUACCUGAUGCCGGCCAGACCUGCAAAGAGAUGUCCACAACCUGCUGUGAUCUGAGGCCCUGGUGGAUUUACUGGUCUCCCUGACGCUCCAGUUAUGGUUACUUUUUUAAUGAUGUCAUUUAUUUACUCUGGGUUAAAGAAAUGUAAGGAAAUAUACAAGACCUUUAGUGAUACAAGACCUUCAGAGAUACAAGACCUUCAGAGAUACAAGACCUUUAGAGAUACAAGACCGUUAGAGAUACAAGAGCUUUAGAGAUACAAGACCGUUAGAGAUACAAGACCUUUGGAGACACAAAACCUAAAGAGAUACAAGACCUCGAUACAAAACCUUUAGUGAUACAAGACCUUUAGUGAUACAAGACCUUUAGAGACACAAAACCUAAAGAUACAAGACCUUUAGAGAUACAAGACCUUCAGAGAUACAAGACCUUCAGAGAUACAAGACCUUUAGAGAUACAAGACCAUUAGAGAUACAAGAGCUUUAGAGAUACAAGACCUUUAGAGAUAUAAGACCUUCAGAGAUACAAGACCUUUAGAGAUACAAUACCUUUGGAGACACAAAACCUAAAGAGAUACAAGACCUAGAUACAAAACCUUUAGUGAUACAAGACCUUUAGUGAUACAAGACCUUUAGAGACACAAAACCUAAAGAGAUACAAGACCUAGAUACAAAACCUUUCGUGAUACAAGACCUUUAGAGACACAAAACCUAAAGAGAUACAAGACCUAUGUAGCCCUGGGGGGUAAUAAUAAUAAGAAUAAAAAUAAGCCACAAAGAUCUAUAUAUUUAUAUAUAUAUAUAUAUUGUCUUGAUUGAUUGAUUGGGCACACAGGUGUCAAUUGGUCUCACCUGGUGGGGCGGGGUUUAGAAGUUAAAUGGUGAAAGGAGAGAGUGGGAGAGAUGAGAGAUGAUGGGUGAAUGAAGAGUGAAGGUGCGUACUGCUGCAGAAAGACACUGCUGCGGAAAGACACUGCUGCGGAAAGACACUGCUGUGGAAAGACACUGCUGCGGGAAGACACUGCUGUGGGAAGACACUGCUGUGG